CGCGAUACAAAGAGGACGAAGAGAAGAGCUCGGUGUUUACCAAACGUGUUUGCAAGCAGUUUAAUAUUAUUGGGAAAUUACAGUACAUUUACGAGAAGAGUAGUAAAAUAAUAACAAAAUGCCAGCAAUUGGAAUAGAUCUGGGAACGACGUAUUCAUGUGUGGGAGUGUGGCAGCAUGGCAAUGUGGAGAUCAUCGCCAACGACCAAGGCAACAGGACCACACCAUCGUACGUAGCAUUCACCGACACAGAGCGGCUGAUCGGCGAUGCAGCGAAGAACCAGGUGGCCCUCAACCCCAACAAUACAGUGUUCGACGCCAAGCGGCUGAUAGGACGCAAGUUCGACGACCCCAAGAUCCAGCAAGACAUGAAACAUUGGCCGUUUAAAGUGAUCAGUGAGGGCGGAAAACCCAAAAUUGAGGUGGAGUUCAAGGGCGAGAGGAAGAGGUUCGCACCGGAGGAGAUCAGCAGCAUGGUGCUGACGAAGAUGAAGGAGACCGCAGAGGCAUACCUCGGCAGUUCGGUGCGGGAGGCUGUCAUCACAGUGCCGGCGUACUUCAACGACUCGCAGCGGCAGGCCACCAAGGACGCGGGCGCCAUCGCCGGCUUGAACGUAUUGCGUAUCAUCAACGAGCCCACAGCCGCCGCGUUGGCUUACGGCUUGGACAAGAACCUGAAAGGCGAGCGCAACGUGCUGAUAUUCGAUCUCGGCGGUGGUACUUUCGACGUGUCCAUUCUCACUAUCGACGAGGGCUCCCUGUUUGAAGUUAAAGCGACAGCCGGCGACACUCACCUGGGAGGCGAGGACUUUGACAACAGACUGGUGAAUCACCUCGCCGAAGAGUUCAAGCGUAAGUACAAGAAGGAUUUACGAAUAAACCCGCGAGCUUUGCGCCGCCUGCGUACGGCUGCUGAGCGCGCUAAACGGACGCUCUCCUCUAGCACCGAGGCUACCAUCGAAAUCGACGCGCUCUACGAAGGCAUCGACUUCUAUACACGUGUGUCCCGUGCCCGCUUCGAGGAGCUUAAUUCGGACCUGUUCCGUGGCACCCUGGAGCCCGUUGAGAAGGCGCUCAAGGAUGCCAAGAUGGAUAAGAGCCAGAUCCACGAUGUGGUGCUAGUCGGCGGCUCCACCCGCAUCCCGAAAGUGCAGAGCUUGCUGCAAAACUUCUUCUGUGGCAAGAAGCUCAACCUGUCCAUUAACCCUGACGAAGCCGUGGCGUACGGCGCAGCCGUGCAGGCCGCCAUCCUGAGCGGCGAGAAGGACUCCAAGAUUCAGGAUGUGCUGCUGGUGGACGUGGCGCCGCUGUCGCUCGGCAUCGAGACCGCCGGCGGAGUGAUGACCAAGAUCGUCGAGCGCAACUCCAAGAUCCCGUGCAAGCAGAGCCAGACGUUCACUACGUACUCCGACAACCAGCCGGCGGUCACUAUCCAGGUAUACGAGGGCGAGCGCGCGAUGACUAAGGACAACAACCUGCUGGGCACGUUCGACUUGACGGGCAUUCCGCCGGCGCCGCGCGGCGUGCCCAAGAUAGACGUCACCUUCGACCUGGACGCCAACGGCAUCCUGAACGUUUCCGCCAAGGAGAACAGCACGGGCCGCAGCAAGAACAUCGUUAUCAAGAACGACAAGGGGCGGCUAUCGCAGGCUGACAUCGACCGCAUGCUGUCUGAGGCGGAGCGCUACAAAGAAGAAGACGAGAAGCAGCGGCAGAGGGUCGCCGCCCGCAACCAGCUGGAGUCUUACGUGUUCAGCGUGAAGCAGGCGGUGGAGGAGGCGGGAGACAAGCUGAGCGAGGAGGACAAGAGCACGGCGCGGCGCGAGUGUGAAGACGCGCUCAAGUGGCUGGACAACAACACGCUGGCUGAGCGCGAGGAGUACGAGCACCGUCUGACGCAGCUGCAGCGCCUCUGCUCUCCCAUCAUGACCAAGAUGCACGGUGGCGGCGCGCAGGCUGGUCCACAGGGCGGUAUGCCAGGCGGUAUGCCAGGAGGUAUGCCAGGAGGUAUGCCAGGAGGUAUGCCAGGCGGUAUGCCAGGAGGUAUGCCGGGUGGUAUGCCUGGUGGUUAUCCUGGCGGCAUGUACGGAAACCAUAAUCGUGGACCCACCGUGGAAGAAGUGGACUAAAGUUACUUUGAAUUUGACUUAAACUCGGACUUGUAUCUAAUCAGUAUUUUUAAUAAUUUGUGAUAUUUGUUUUUAAGUUUUAUAUUUGUAACUGAAGACUGAUAAUUUAUUUUAAACACA